UGUUUGCAGCCGGGGAGCGGGGCUGCUGGAGUCUCACUGUGAGCUACUAACACACGGGUGGAAGAUUAGCUUUUGUAAUACUCGGUUUGCAUGUACCGAAAGUCAUCUGUCUUCUGAGUCAACAUUCCCGGCCUGGUCAAGAACCUGAUCAGGGCUCUGGUGAACAAGCCGUAGCUCCUCUUCUGCCUGUGAGCGAUUGGUCACUUCCUUCCGUAAGACUGGCACCAGCAGACAUGCAGUCUCAGAGGAUCCCGGGGAGAAAGCGAGGCCGACCCCCGCUUCACUCAACACCUAUGAAGAUGGCGGUUCAUAACCUUUAUUCCGCUUCAGCUGGCUCUUUGCCAGCAGUGAAGAUUCCAAAGAAAAGAGGGCGGAAGCCUGGGUACAAGCUCAAGUCUCGGGUUCUUAUGACUCCUUUAGCCCUCUCACCUCCGCGAAGCACGCCGGAGCCCGACCUCAGCUCCAUCCCUCAGGAUGCAGCCACCAUACCCAGCUUGGCGGCCCCACAGGCUCUCACAGUCUGCCUCUACAUCAACAAGCAAGCCAACACAGGGCCGUACCUGGAGAGGAGGAAGCUGCAGCAGCUCCCCGAGCGCUUUGGGCCUGAGAGGCCAUCGGCGGUCUUGCAGCAAGCCGUACAAGCGUGCAUCGACUGUGCCCACCAGCAGAAGCUGGUCUUCUCCCUGGUCAAACAGGGCUAUGGUGGCGAGAUGGUGUCAGUCUCGGCGUCCUUCGACGGGAAACAGCACCUGCGGAGCCUGCCUGUGGUGAACAGCGUCAGCUAUGUCCUCCGCUUCCUCGCCAAGCUGUGCCGAAGCCUCCUGUGUGAUGACCUCUUCAGCCACCAGCCUUUCCCUAGAGGCUCCAGUGGCUCUGAGGAAGCCCAGGACAAGAAGGAAGCAAAAACAGCCACCACUGAGGAGUGCCUGGUGAACCCUGUAGGCAUGAACCGCUACAGCGUGGACCCCUCUGCCUCUGCCUUUAGCCACAGGGGCUCCUUGCCCACCUCCUCCUCGCUGUACUGCAAGAGGCAGAACUCUGGAGAUGGCCACCUUGGGGGAGGCCUGGCCACCACGGCCAGUGGUCCCCGCUCCAGCCCCAUGUCCUCUGGAGGCCCCUUGGCACCUGGACUGAGGCCCCCAGGCUCCAGCCCCAAGAGAAACGGGACCUCUCUUGAAGGAAACCGAUGUGCCUCGAGCCCUUCCCCCGACGGGCAGGACGCCAGGCGGCCGAGGAGCAGGAACCCGUCCACCUGGACUGUGGAGGAUGUGGUCUGGUUUGUGAAGGACGCUGACCCGCAGGCUCUGGGUCCUCACGUGGAGCUCUUCAGAAAGCAUGAGAUUGAUGGCAAUGCACUCUUGUUGCUGAAGAGCGACAUGAUCAUGAAGUACUUGGGUCUGAAACUGGGACCCGCGCUGAAACUCUGCUACCAUAUUGAUAAACUGAAGCAAGCCAAAUUCUGAAGGUUUUUACAAAGAUAGAAGCGAAAUCCAGACAACAGGUCUCAAGAUCAUCUUCUGCCUUACCAACAUCCAGCCACCAUCACAAAAUGGAUUCUCUCCUGAAAAAUAACAGCCACAAAGACUGGGUCUUUUUUUAAACCUUGUGCAUCUCUGCCUUUUAAAAAAAAUUCAACAUGGCCCUUUUGAAAGGCUCUUCUGUGUUAAUGAUUUGCCAAAAAAAAAAUAAUGGAAAAGCCUAUUAUUUUAGCAUUUCUGAUAGGUUGGUUGCUCUGAGAAUGGGUCCUAUUUUUGUGAUGAGAGAUCAGGGAACCCAGUGCUACAGACCACGGAGAACCCUGGAGGGUUCCAAGGAGGUGAGAAUAAAGACCUUUGUCUCUCCAGGGACUCCACCAUAGCACCACCUGUCUUUAACUCUCUCUGCCCCAGGGACCUGUCAUUGUGAGCCUUGCUUAAUUCAGCUCUGGAAGCUGUCUUCUGAGGAAACAUGCCUCCUCACCUUGCACUAUCUGGAAAACUUGAAUUCUUUUGCUCUCUGAAAGAGAAGAAAAAAAUCUUUUUCUAUUCCUAGUUAUCUGAAGUACUGUGUUGUCCCACUAGAGGGCAGACUGCUAAUGAAGUUUCAGGACCCUCCCAGCAGCAGCCUGCUGAUUUAGUACUCAGUGGGCCGGUUAGGGUCUCUGUGAACAAGAUCUAGCCUACACAGACAUGGAGAAUUUCUUCCACAGUUAGCACCACAGGUUGCAACUUGGGGAAGAAACUAUCUUCUAGAAUGUUCUAGUUCAUAUCCAGUCAUUAUUGACUGACUGAGAUGCCCAAGCAGCAAAGGCAAAAAUGUGGAAGUAUGUUCUUCCCAGAUGGAGCUUUGGAGUUCCUUCCCUUUCAGAGUCCUUACCGGGGUGUUGAUGUGUUGGCACGCUGAAGAGUCUUAGUGACAUUUAGCCCAUGGGUGUUUCUUUUAAAAAAUUAGAAAAAUGUCUCAGAUAAGCUUUGAAAUGGGAGAGUGUUGAUUUCUUGUUACAUUUCUGGAUUGUGUAGUUGUACCGCUGGCAAAUUUUUCUAGUUCUCAACAAAUACACAGACAUGCUGUUACUGGGUUUAAUUCCAUUUACAAAUAGGUUUUCCUUCCUCGUCGUGGAGUAAUAGGAAAAAAUCGAUUUUUCACCCCUUUGCAGCUGUGUCCAAGCAAGGAUGACGCGUCCCCAGUUUACGAGGCAGAGGGCAACCUCAUCUCCAUUCUUCUUUUUAUCCUUCUUUCUCUCUUUCCCUCUUCCUUUUAUCCGUCCUCCCUUGCUGAAGAGGAAACAGAUUUUCAAAAUGAAUUCACCUUUGCCACGGGCAAAUCCUCUUCCUUAAAAACAUCCACAGUGUUAGAAGUGAGGAGAUGAAUACUAGACUCUGCAAUCUCUGGGAGGGUGAGGAUCAAAGAAAACUCAGGGCCUCCCUUGGCCCAAAUGCAAAUUAGAAAAAGCACACCUUUCUCCGGGGAUGCAGCCGAGCAGGGGGGGGUCUCAGGUGAUGAAUGGAGCGGGGGG